CAGGUGUAUUUAAUUUACCUCCCUCCAACAGCGCAACACAUUAAAUCAAAAGAAAUAAGGAGGUUGGUCGAUGACUGUACUAUUUACAUUGUUUGGUGGGCUUGGUUAGAUUUGGUGGCAGUCAGUUUAAUCAAAACGUUAAAAAAAACUUUGAUAUGUUUCGGUGAUUUUAAAAAUGUGCGCGAUACAAAGUGUUAACAUGAAGAUGGUCGGAUAUAAAAUAUUUUUGUUUUGUUUACUAGCGGUGGGCGUGUCUGGACAAUAUGAAUGGCAAGCCAGAGAUUCCUUUGAUGAGAUUUCACGUAAUAUGCAAAGGGUAACAAAAGACAAUUGCGAAAUCCAACAUGUUGGAGAUCUUUACUUACCCGAGGAAUCGGUAUCUCAUCUUCCCGACAUCAAAGACAUUAACAUAAAUCCAGUGUUCCCUAACAGGACUCUUUUGCUCCAUUUACACAAUACAGCUAUGAACAGGGCCUUCUUUUGGUCCUAUAUUCUCCAGAGCAGAUUUAUUAGGCCAGCUAUAAAUGAUACUUAUGAUCCUGGCAUGAUGUAUUAUUUUCUUUCUGCUGUAGCUGAUGUUUCAACUAAUAAACACAUUAAUGCUAGUGCCAUUUAUUUCUCAGCAAAUAUGUCUUAUUCCAGUUCUUACAGAGGAUUCUUCAAUAAAACCUUUCCCAGAUUUGCACCAAGAGCAUUCAGAGCAGAUGAUUUUAAUGACCCUAUUCACUUGGAACGAAUAUCAACAUUAAAUACAUUUACAAUCCAUGAUUUGGGUGCUAUCAAACCUGAUACAAGUAGUGAUUACACAUCUGAUUAUUAUCGUAUAAAUGAGUGGUACAAAAAAUGGUUACCAGAUCAUGUAGAUAAAAGACAUGAUACAAAAACAACAUACCAAGUGGAAAUUCGAUAUGCUAACAACACAAACGAAACAUUUACAUUCCAUGGACCGCCAGGUGCAGAUGAAACACCAGGGCCUGUUAAGUGGACAAGACCAUAUUUUGAUUGUGGAAGAUCAAAUAGAUGGUUAGUGGCAGCUGUUGUUCCAAUAGCUGAUAUAUAUCCAAGACAUACUGGAUUUAGACAUAUAGAAUAUCCAACAUAUACAGCAGCAUCGGUGGUUGAGAUGGAAUUCGAUAGGAUAGAUAUUAAUCAAUGUCCACCAGGUAUGGGAAAUAAUGGACCAAAUAUCUUUGCAGAUACGGCUAGGUGUAAAAAGGAAACGACAGAGUGCGAGCCAAUACAUGGAUGGGGAUUCCGUAGAGGCGGUUAUCAAUGCCGUUGCCUACCGGGAUAUAGGCUUCCUUUACAGUCGAGAAGGCCGUUCUUGGGGGAGAAGGUUGAAAGGGCAACUGCUGAACAGUAUUACAACGGUUUUGACUGUCAGAAAAUUGGAUGGAUUCAAAAACUACCCGUACAAUGGGAACGUUCUGAUCCAUAUUUAAGAGAAGUAGUAUUGGAUAAAUACCCAGAGUAUUGGAACCAAACUAUUGGCCCAGCCAGUUUGAGCCAACCAGUAAUGAAUAUCCAUCGGGUUUUAGAUUACAUUCUAGGUAUGAACAAAGAUAAUUGCAGAACAUUCAAACCCGAAGACCUACAACUUUAUGGAGGAAUUAUGCACGGAGCAGAGGAAUUUUUUGAAAAUGAAGCGAAAAUGGCACUCAGACUUGCAAACUUUAUUAGCGCUUUCUUGCAAGUUUCCGACCCAAAAGAAGUUUAUUCUGGGAAAAGAGUAGCCGAUAGGGAGCUUACAGAAGAUCAAAUGAUUGGAGAGACUUUGGCUUUAGUGUUGGGAAAUAGUCGCAUUUGGUCAGCUGGUACAUAUUGGGAAAGAAACAAAUUUCCAAAUCGAACGCUCUUUGCUCCUUAUGCUUACAAGAAAAUUCUAAACACGAGAAAAUACAAUGUAGAAGAUUUAGCCAGAUUGGACAAACCAUCCGAAGUUUACCUGAACAAUAUAUGGUUUAAAGACUUAAAAUAUCGAUGGGCUUCUAAUUUCGAUAGUUUAGAAAAGUUCUGGCUGAAAAUUAGGAUACGACUCAACGAGACCGGAGAAACCACGAUGAAAUUCGAACACUUUCCGACCUAUUAUAGAGGUGCAAGAUUAGAACAUGGACAUUGGACGCAACCGUACUAUGAUUGUUACGGAAAGGUUCCUAUGUGGAAAAUUAAGUAUGUUGCGCCAUUCUUUGGUUGGGACAGUCUUAAAGCCAAACUUGAAUUCAAGGGUGCAGUUGGUGUUACUAUGGAUUUAUUGAAACUGGAUAUUAAUCAAUGCCCAGAUACAUCAGCGAAUGCUUUUGAAAGCACAGAAAAAUGCCAUCAGAAAACAUCUUACUGUGUACCAAUCUUAGGAAGAGGAUUUGAAACAGGAGGCUACAAAUGCGAAUGUAAACAAGGCUAUGAAUACCCAUUCGAAGACCCCAUAACCUAUUACGAUGGACAACUAGUAGAAGCAGAGUUUACAAACCUAGUGGACGAUAACGAAACUCGCUUUAACAUGUUCAAAUGCAGACUGGCGGGUGCCGGUAGUAUAGAAGUAAGCAUAACGACUGUUGUAGUGUUGUUAUUGAUUUCCUUGGGUUUGUAUAGAGUUUAAUUAAUAGAAAUUAUUUGUGGCUCAUCAAAUUGGUGUUCGUAUCAGCAUGCUGAAAGUGAAACAAGACAUAGUGCAUUCAUUGUUGAGUUAGUCUGAUCUAAACCGUCAGUAAAAGGUAUGUUCCCUUGUUUUCUGCUGAAGCACUAGUUCUAAAAAAGUGUAGAAGUGCCACACUAAGUCAUUCCUUUGCUCUGUUCCACUGAAAAGUGAAAUCUACACCAGCUUCUGAGAGCGUGCAUAUCUACACUCGUCUUGCGCAGUAUCAUCCAACCUAGUUUGACAACUGUUUAGCUGUCAGAUGUAUGUGUUUACAAAAAAUAUCUUUUUCUUUUUAAUUCAAUUUAUAUUGAAAAACUUUAAAAAGCUUUUAGUACUUUUAAAACAGUAACUACAAAUUUUAAUGUCAUUUUAUAUUUUGUUGUUUCUAACCUGACUUGUUACAACUGUAACUCAAAGGUUGACUACACUAGAACGUUCCUUUGCUUACUGACACAGCCAAGAUUUUCGUUUGACACUAGCCAGUGUAGCCACACUCAACUACACUCGAAAGUGCUACACUAGAGAGCCAAGGAACAUACCUAUUGUACGACUCUCCUAGACCUGCAGCGAUGAAGCACAAUGUGGUUUGUUGUUAUAUUUUAACAUAAUAAAAAUAUUAUCUUAUACCUAAUUUAACAAUUAACUUGCUGUGUAAUCAACUACUAAGAACUGCGAAUGUAACACUAGUAUAAAAAUCAGUUGUAAGUGUCGUUGAAUGUUGCAUGUUCUUCAACGUUAAGUAAAUUAUUUAUACUCAUUAUUUAAGACAUGCAUGUGUUUGAUUUAUACGAAAUAGUUUUUGUAAGAUCAACUCGACCAGCAGAAAUCAAUCCCUGUAGAAACAUGUAAGACAAAACAAGUUAAGUACAAGAUUUUUUUUUAACUGUUGAUCUGGAAUUGUUAGUUUUACAUAAAAAUUCUCUUUUAAUAAAUAUAUUUCCAUAUAUCAUUGAUAAUUUCAAAAACUCUGAAGUGAGAAUUCGGAAGACUGAAAUCCUCUACCGCGCUAUCAUUAGCUCUUCCUUGUGUGAGAACAACCAGAAGUUACAGUGCUACAAAACUUCAGCAAAAGUAUUACCCAUACUGUCUUUAAUGUGAUACUUAGUGUUCUACAAAAUCUCUUCCGGUUAAUCGAUUGGCCGACAAGCCUGAGACCCAGAAAACAGAGAAUACUUUGGUGCACUGAAUACGAAUAUCAGCUCCAAAUUGCCUAAUUUGUUCUGGUUUCUGAGAUAUCCUAACCUAAAAGUGCGAAAAUAUCGGUUUUUGAACAUUUUUGGUGUUAUGUUGACCCCUUUAAUUUUUUUCUAUCCUAAAAUAAUAUGCAUAAAACCUUAAAAUAUAAGUUUUUCUCUUCCAAAUGCGGUUGAGUUUGCUCAAAUAUCAAUUUUUUUCAUUCUGUUGAAAUUUCUUUUACCUGAAAUUUCUUUGAUACAAUCAAUAGGUUUUUUGAUAAAGAACUACGAAAAUUAUGCUUAAGAAUAAUUAGGUCCCAGACCACAGUCGAGCUAAACAAACUAACCACUCACCCUAACCGUCAUAACCCUAAAAACCAUGACUAUGACAUAACUAAGUAAUGUUCUGAACCCUACGCGUUGGCCGGUAAUGCAGGUCUACUGCUUACCGACAUUGGCAGCAGUAACGUCAGAAUUGGACUGUGAUCGUCUGGCCCUUAGAAUAUAAAAUAAACCAGGAAGAAGUACAAUGCGAAAUGACUUCGAGCCAGGAAGGAGGUUGCAAAUGGCGAUCAGCUGUCAGAUUUGCUUUCUAUCUUCAGUGACGUACCUUUGAAAGAGGGAAGAAAAGAAAUUCUUAACGAUUUUAUUACAUCUUUGAUGUUAAACAAACAUCUAUAGAUCAAGAGAAAAUACGUAUUAAUAUAAUAUUUCGUUGAAAAGUCAGUUAAAUAACAUUUUAUUAUACUAAUAACUUCAGUUAAUUUAUUGCAUAUACAGGAGCUUUACCAGAUGGUACGCCUAUGCACACAGCUGAUCCAAUACACAAACACCUUCUAGCUCGUUGACAAAAACUUAUGAGUCAACCACAGACGUUCAAAAUGGCCGAUUCCGCUAGAAAUUUAAGGUGUUGUUGAUAUAUGACAGACUCCUUCCGGUUUAUUUUAUAUUCUAAGAUCUUACCUGCAUACUCUGCAAAGAAGAUACUUGAGUAAAUUCAAGUACAUCACAUAAAUACAUACACAUUUAAAUUGACACUUAAAUUUUAAGGUGGUUAUAACAAUUUCUUGAAGAAAAAUUAUAUUACAAUGCUAUAUCCUCAAAACGGCCAAAAACAGCUAUUUUUGCACUUUUGCGUUAGUGGUUAGGGUAUUUCAGAAUCCAGAGCCAAUUUGUCAGUUGGAAGCUCAGAUUCGGAUUCAGCUCACAAAAAAUCAUCUGAAAAGUAUAUUCUGAUCUCUGGGUCCGAAUAUUGUUCAAAUUUUGUCGGUCUGUUUUUUUUUUAAGUUAUACUUCUUUAGGCGCGAUUGAGAAUAAAAUUUCGUAAUAUUGCGCGCAUGCGCACACAUUAUGGCGUUUAGUUGCUAUCUUUCAAGUUAUUCACCUUGCCUGUUUGUUACCGUGAAUUGUCAUUAGGUACGUCCGAACCGAUAUAGACACAGUCCUCGUAGCGUAUUAGGUAUAGCAUUCGGCCAGAGAUCGAGAGGUCUUGAGUUAGAAUCCGGAACAAUUCUAUACUUUUUUUUUAAAGCGGUUUAAAAAAUUAAAACAAACUGUUUAAAGUAUAUUUAUUUUUAAGAAAUCAUAUAAUAGAAGUAUAACUUCUUACGUGCGUACAAAGUACACACACAUUCUUUUUUUUUUUCUUCAAACCGUAUCCUGCAUUUUUGCUAUGCUUGCUAUUGUUGACGUAACUUGUGGACAACCUUUACUUGCAUCUUCUUCAAGAGUUUUACAAGUACGUUUAUAUUCUCCAACAGGAGUUCAUCGUUGUACUGUUAUAAUUGAAGCGAAAAGUUCUUAUACACUUAAGACAAUUGUGUAUGAAUUUGUUUUGGUUCUAACAAAUAAAGAUGCUUAACAGAAAUAAAAAAAAUUAUAUCUACAUUACAAUUUUUUACAGUGUAAAAAAUAUUAUGAUAUAUCAACUUUGAACAGCUGUAAAUAUAGGAUUGUGUUGAUUAAUCUAUAUCUAUAUUAAAUUUCACACAUGUUCGUCGAACAGUAGUAAAAAUAAAAUGAUGAACCUAAAACCAAAAUAAGGAACCUAAUCCUCUUUUUUAUUGUUAAUGGUAAAUAAUAAACUACAAAUUUUAAACCCUUUCUUUUUUGACUGAGGUGGAAAAGUUCUAAACCGAGUAGGGAAGAUAUCCCUAGUACUAUUAGAUUCGAUCCGGAAAGGAGCACGUUCUAGGACAUAGCAUCCAGAGUAUGGAUUAUAUGCGCCGCAUAUUUAAUCGGAGAACGAAACAUUGGGAUACCUGGCGCAGUCUGAAAAUUUGAGAGAAAAACUGAAAAAAAGAUUCUUAUUUAAAUGUAUAAGAACCACUUAGGCCUGCCACAGACGAGCGACUGUGGCCGGCUACUCUGUGGAUCCACAGAAGUAGUUUCCGAUGAUUGAUCGUGGGUUCUUAUGUGAGCGACUGUAGCUGGCCACAGUCCUCGUCUGUGAUGGACCGGCCACUCCUCACAAGAACCCACGGUCAAUCAUCGGAAACUACUUUUGUGGAUCCACAGCGUGGCCGGCCACAGUCGCUCGUCUGUGACCGGCCUUAAAGUGACGUAGACAGAGAAUAUUGAAUUGCCGAUCGUCGUCGUACGUUCCAUUGCCGGCCGGUUAAGUCAAGUGCAGGCGUAGCUUUAUUAGUAUUUAUUAUUAAUUGAAGUGGACUUCUGUGUCAUGUUUGAUAUUUAUUUCUACUUCUUUACUUUACCAGUAAAGAAGUACUUUCUCCUUUCUAUACUGUUCAAUUUUCACAUGUCAAAAAUAUUAUCAUAUUUUUACUGUAUUUAAUCUCUUAAUAAAACCCUUAACUUUAAAUAAAUCUCAAGCGAGCCCUGUUCAAUAGUACCAUUUCACCCUUCUAUUUUUUACCCUCUCUCCUCACCCUUACAGACAGACAAUAUUUGGACUAUUUGGGAUUGAGAAUUUCCUCUCUUCUCGUACACCCGCCAAAGGCUGAACCUCUCUCUCUCUCUCUCUCAUCAGCCGUUCGACGGUCAACAAGUACCACUCACGUGAGGGUGCAAUCUCUUCGCCACGAUCGUUCGACGUAUAAAGUCGGUACUGCUCAUCUCUUGUUGACGGUCCAGCCUUUCUUUUGGGCUGUUUCGUUUCGAACAAUAGCAAUACGUGCACGAACAGUAAUUCGGGGAUGACGCCGUACACGAUUUCGCAACAGUCAAAACGCGAGGCACGUCGUACGGAAACAGCCAUCUCGUAUGUGACCGGCUUCAGUGUUCAGGACAAGAUUUCACAACUUGGUAAGACUUUAUGAUACAUAUGAAUAUUGUCUGUAUAAAACCUUUAUACUCCCACUUGAACCAGUAAACUAGCAAUCCCCUAACUACAGUCCACACCCUCUGAAAGUAUAUUCAUACUCUCACUCUCACAUAUGUACAUAUUUCGUACAUAUACUUCGUUUUCCAUUCCAUAAUAAUCUAAUUUCCAUAGUCGUAUGUUGUGAUAAAAUUGGAGAUUUAUCUGUGGUUGAACUUAUACAUGUAUUUUUGUAAACUAAUUGUUACAAUUUUUUAUGUUGAAAUAAGUAGAAAAUUGGUUAAACAGUGGUUAAUAUUAUUUGCUUUCAGCAUUAUGAAAAUCGAACACUUUGAUGACCACACCGAAAGAGGUUAAUCAAACUAACCGGGCCUUUACACAAAUUUAGUGCCUUGUAGAAACAAAUUAUUUUUUAAUAUACAAUUUUAAUUGUACCGUCCAUAUUUUACUUUUAUAAUUUCUGUUGUUUUUGUUGUUGACGUUUCUUAAAGAAGCGUCUUUUAAUUGUGACCAGAGUCAAUUACUCGAUAAUAAAAUUAGUACAAUUUUUCCUAUAAUUUUCACUGAACAAAACAAUAUUCAAUCGUACAAUUUCAUGGUGUCAUAACUACCAUACAGUGUUACCGAAUCUUCAAAAUAGUCAAGUGUGUAAGGAAAUUUACGAAUGAUAUAUUCUAAAUAUUCAUUUACUUAUCGCAACAUUGUAAUACUACAUAGUUUACAUAAGACAUAAUAUUAUGUUAAUGUAAACUAUCGUUGCUUUCAAUACUAAAAUCAGAAUAACUUUUAUAAAUCCAUUUUUCACUAAUAUGCUGAAUGUUUGGCAAGAAAACUUAUAACAAAUUAUAAAAAAAUAAAAACCUUAUAUUAUAAAAGGUAUAUUUAAAAUCUCUAAGAAGGGAUAUAUCACAACAGAACGUUUUCGGAAUCAAUAUUCCAUCAUCAGUGUUAUCACAGGUUUACAUGUUUUAAGCCAUCAAAAUAUAUGGGUAAAAACCCUUAAGUUGUUUUAAAAUUGUGAAGGUUACAUUAUGUUAUAAAAUUUAAAGGAUGUUAAAAAUAUUUCCAGGUUAACCCCUGGCAUCUCAUGACAUCAACCAUAUUGGUUGGAAAAUUUAAAGGUAGGACCUCACAUGGCAGAGUUUAGAUGACAACUCAGUUGUCCAUCCAGUCCAGUUGUCACCUAAACAUCUAAACUAAACUAGAUGACAACUGAACGGGAUGGAUAACUGAGUUGUCAUCUAAACUCUGCCAAGUGAGAUCCUACCUUUAAAUUUUCCAACCAAUAUGGUUGGUGUCAUGUGAUGCCAGGGAUUAAUCUGGGAAUAUUUUUAACAUCCGUUAAAUUUUAUAACAUAAUGUAACCUUCACAAUUGAGGCGCUCAGGGCAACAGUGACCUAACACCAAAAACGAAGUUUUGAGAUAAAUGCAAUCUUUGCAUUCGUAUUUCCAUUAUGCUUAUGGGAUGACGCUACAAAUUAUGUAGCGCCAUUUAGCCAAAUAUAGAGGUAGGUUGUGUAGACCCUUGUUAGUCAGAAGAUUUAAUGUUGCUGCUUUUAUUGUUAUAUUAAUCUAAAAAUGCUCAAUUUGUGGUUUAGGCCACUGUUGCUCUGAGCGCCUCAAUUUUAAAACAACUUAAGGGUUUUUACCCAUAUAUUUUGGUGGCUUAAAACAUAUAAAUAUGUGAUAACACUGAUGAUGUAAUCAUGUAAUAUUGAUUCCGAACACGUUCUGUUGUGAUAUAACCCUUUUUGGGGGUUUCAAAUAUACCUUUUACAAGAUAAAGUUUUUAUUUUUUGUGGUUUAUGGUAUACAGCCAGUUACAGGAAUUUUUCCUUGUGAUGUUUACAACAAAUUGGUAGUUUUAUGACGACAUAUUAUUGUCGUUGAUGAUAUGCAGUGAAUUAAGUAGGAGAAAAAGAAUAACAAAAUAAAAUUAAGCAAUUUACAUUUUAAAAUGGCAUCCAUAUGUGUAAAUUUUGUUCUGACAUUGUAAUUAGGGAUGAAACGUAUGCUUAACGUACUAUAUAUAGAUAUUUAUAAUUUUUGAUUUCUAUAAAUUUUUGCUGGAAGUAUGUUUAGUUUUUGUUUUUAUUGCCAUCGACAUAUCAACAUAAUAUCUUUUCCUAUGUUAAAAAUAUUUUUUGUUGAAUUUUGUCUGAAAAUUUGUUUAGUUUCUGUUGCUCUGUUGUGUUUUUAUUGUAUUAAUAAUUUAUUCUUACAGUACGCCACUCUUCUAAGAAUUUUUGGAUGCAUGUAAUAGUAAGUAUUGAGUUACCCGGGAACAUUUCUAUUGUAGAUGGAAUACUUUUAUUUAGAAGAAAUCUAUUUGUUCAUUUUUUGGUAACCAUGUUCCAAAACGGGAUUUGUCGAUAAAUUGAUCAGCUCCCUGCAUCAUUUCUUUCUUCUUGAACACUCAUUUGAUCUUCGCGGUUCAACUCAUCGUCAUCAUCUUGGUGCUACGCCUAGAGGGCCUCGACCUUCUCAAGCUUUCUACGCCAUUUUGUUCUGUCCCUUGCUUGCAUUUUCCAAUUGCCGACUCCAAUCUUCUCGGCAUCUUGUGGUUACCCCGUCCAUCCACCUCAGCUUUGGUCUACCCCGUCUUCUCAUUCCCACGGGUUGCGCUGUUAAAAUCUUUUUUUAUUAUGUUCGAUUCAUGGGCCCAGGCUACAUGUCCUGUCCACUGCAGGCAGUUUCACUUAAUUAUAGUGGUAAUAUCUUUUCCACCAAACGUAUGCUUGUAGAUAUUCUGCUGUUCAAAGUUAUAUCUACGCCACCAUAUUCUGUUCUCACAGACCGCUCCGAAUAUCUCGCGUAGUACCUUUAGCUAAGUACUUUGAUAGACCAUGAUAACACCUGAUUGCAAUUAUUAUUCGCCGUUUUAUUUCCCCUAAUGUGUUAUUAUUGAGGUUAACCGAUGUCCCUAGAUAUAUGAACUCUUUUACCGCUUCGAAGUUUUGGUCAUUGAUGAUAAGAUCUGCUUCAACAUUUCCAGUUCUUGUGUUUGUGUUAGUCGCCAUGAAUUUGGUUUUAUUUUGACUUAUGUAACCCCAUUCGUUCUGCUGCUGCUACUAGCUCGGUUAGGAUUUCCGCAGUUCUCGCCCUGGUUCUUGUUAAUGUCCACGUCGUCUGCGUAACUGAUCUAUUAAAUAUUGUUCCCCUGCUAUCUAAAUUAGCGUCUCGUACUACUUUUUCUAAGACUUCAUUAAAAAGCUGAACGCCAGCGCAUCUCCCUGCCUUAACCCCCUAUGUAUUUCAAAUGGGGUUGACGAGUCAAAUGGGGUCUACGUUUUAUUGCUGAUAGCAUUUUCGCUAUUGUCACUUUUAUCGUACAUAUUUGAGUUUUUUUGGAAUUCCUAAUUCAUUCAUAGCGUUGUAAAGACUUGGUCUUAAGACAUUGUCAUAUGCUGCUGUAAAAUCGACAAAAAUAUGGUACAUAUCUAUGUUAAUCUCUUGCGCUUUUUCGAGGAUCUGUCGUAGUGUAAAGAUCUGGUUAAUGGUUGAACGUCCAUGCCUGAAUCCUGCCUGAUAUUCUCCUAGAAACGUUUCGGUAUAGGUAAGGCUUGAAUCUCUCUUCGCGGUUCAACUCACUUGUAUUUAUUUCAACAACUAUCAAUCUACUUUUGAUUAGAUUUUCUAACUUAUUUUUUGGUUUUUUAUGUGCAUCUACAAUUUUUUGUUUGAUUUUCAUAUUUGUUCUCUCAAUCUUUUACAAAAAAAUAUGCAGAUAGUUAACAUUAUUAUAUAGAUAUAUAAAUAAGAUAAUAUGUUGUGUUUUUAUUCUAAAGUGUCAUUGUAAUAUACCAAAACUUAUUCUAAAGAGUAAUGUCACACUGUACUUUGUACAUACACAAUAUUUUACUAGUAAACAAAUUUCCAGCUCUAAAAAUGUAGAUUAUAUUGUCUAAAUUAUGAAAAUUCAUUUCAAGCUUUUUUAUACAUUAGUUCAAAUUUUUUAUAUUUUACUUAUUCUUCGAAGUCAGAAGUCGGCAAUCAUCAUAGCUAUUUUAACUUUAGAGACGUCUGUUCUAAAAAGUUCAUUUGAUGUACAUUCGCACCAUUCUCUAAUGUUGCUCAGCCACGAUAUUUCCACUUCAAAUUAUGAUACAUCAUUUUAAUAAACAUUAUAAGGUUCCACAACAGUGUCAGAUACAUUAGGAUUGGGCAUAACGGAAUAAGUGUUCAUAAUCCUAUCAGGAUACUCUUAUCUGAUCUUCAAAAUCAACAAAGUACUAUUCCAGACCCGGUACCGCCACCUAGCGAGUGUGUCAGUUGGUUGAAGACAGUCACAGUUUUCGGCUUCUUUUCGUAUAACAUCCAGGACAGCGUGUAGUUGUUCGGCACCCUCUGUGUAGUGACCUUCAGCCCAAUUGUUAUCAGCUCCGGAUUAGCCGAACACAACAGAUAACUAGUUUGAACAGUUGCCGUACUGACCGUACCCCAUAGUACCGGGUUCCACAUCCAACAGGAUGGCUCUAAGAUCGUAUUUACCUCCGUUUGUCGGAGAAGCAACUGACGCUUCAUUUAACUCGCUAUCUCCUGUGUAUAUUCCAGUAGGAUUGAUUCCAUGCUCUCAGAAAUUAGUUACCAAAACAAAGCACCAACUUCCCAUUUAUUCCAAGUUUAAAAUUGGGUGGCAAAGUGUCUACGUGUUUUAACUAAUUUUAAAGAAAUUCACUGGCUGUUUUUGUACUUUUAUGAGAUGUAAGUACAACUGUGGCAUCUUUAAAAGUGUCGGUGGUGGCGUUCCUGUCCACUUUAAUACCUGUCAUGUACAUCAAGUAUAAGGUCUCAAGGGCAGUCUUAUGAUACCCCCAAUUCUAGGGGAUUCUACACAUACACAAGUAGGCUUUCGCCCAGGGUCUCUUCGAUCUUUAAUUUUACCUGUCAAGAUAACAUUUAUGAGGUUAUAUUUGUUAUUUCGUAGAAUAUGGAAGUAUGAAACCUUUCGCUAUAUUGAUGUUAAGCCCGUACUCCAUUCCGCACUCCAUUAAUGAUAUUUACUAAAUCUUGCAACUCUUCUAUAUUGUCCGCUAUUAUAGCCGUAUCGUCAGCAUUUGUUAGGCAGAUUAUCAAUAGGAAGACAAUUUAUUUAUAUAUCUUUUUCUUCUGUUGUGCAAGUUGAAAUAUUUUUUCUACGUAAAUGUUGAACAGUUGUGGGGGGAGAAUAGGUUGGCAGCAGAGAAAAAGCAGCCGGCGUAAUAAGCAUUUAGUUGAUUAUAUUGACAGAGAACACAGAAAAGAUUGUAUUGAUUUUAGAAGACCACAAAUUUAGUACUAAGAAAAGUGGUUAUAUUUGUAUAUUUUGUUCAAUAACAAUAACUCUAAUAUAAUUUUUAUCAAUCUACAUUUAUCGCACAAAAUUUAUAGAAAUCAAAUUUAAAAAUGUUAGGACUUUGUACAUACAAUGCUACAAAAAAAUAUUAAUAUUUAAUGUAAGGUUUGGAAGAAUUUUUUACAGUUUUUGUAUAUGUUUACAACUUUUUAACAUAUUUUAUCUUAUUUUGUUUUUUACAGAAAUAUAAUUUGUUACUUUAUAUUAACAAAUGUACUUCCUGUUAGCUAAGUUAUAUUUUUAUUAUUGUACUGUAUUUAUGAGUUAUAGUCAAUUUUGGUACUACUGAAGAGUAACAGAACCUGACAAAUUAAACAUAAUAUUAUACGAGGUUAUUUAACAAACUUGUUCGUCAGCUAUAUCUUUUCCUAUGCGUCACGAUUCAUUUUCAAACAAAUUAAGUCAAAACAUAAAGUGAAACGUACGCCGUUCCAAUACAAGUUUUCUACGAUACGUAGGUCUCUACCCUAAAUACUUUUGGUUCUUAAUAUCUUCAAAAGCGUUCCAUGAUGCAUCCUACCAAAAGCUUUUUCGUAAUCAAUGAAUGCCACGUAAAUAUCUUUGUUGGACGCGGCAUUUUUUUAGUACAUUUAAGCUAAGAAGUGCCUCAGUGUACUUAUCGCAUUCCUACAUCUAAUCUGGGUUUCAUCUAGGUCUCUUGACUUGAAGCAAUGCCUUCUUAUUCUUCCAUAAAUAAUCGAACGUAUCCUCAUAAAAUUUAAAUCUAAUUUAAGUAUAAAAUCUAAUAUUUUCCUUAUUGACUAUUUUUAGUAUUUAUAAUCUGCUCUAAUUCCACCCAGCUAGCACGUAUUGUUUUUAUUUAGUUCAAUUUACUUUUAAUUUAGCUAAAUAUAUCCUAAAAUAAAUGUCUAAAACAUUCGCCAUUUUCUUACAUAAAAAAGGAUAAAAAAUUUGUAGAAUAUCGAAUAUAAUAUUGAAAAUAUUCAUUGUAUAUUAUCAUUUCGUGCAAUAUUUUGUUUCGUAUCUUAGUUUAAGCUAUACAAAGAAUUGUCCAAAAUUACCUAAAUUGACUAUUAUACUAUAAAAUAAUAAACGGCAGGACAAAAUCUCUACUUAUUGUUAAAAAUAAACGUACAAUUAAAGAAUCUCAUUUUAUGGUUUUAAAUAGAAAUAAUAUUGACUUGUAUAAAACGUUUCCGUCCAUGAAGACUUUCUAGUGAAAUCCUAUAUUAUUUGUACUUUAGACGACAGAGCGUCGCAGUGCUUGAUAAAGCAGCUUUUAGAAGUAGAUAAAUUUGUAUAUGUAUUUCCCAAAUUAAGGAUUUCACUGAAUAUUAAGAUUUUAUUAUACAGCUGUGAAAAUAUAUUUGCAAUAAAACUUGUUUAAUGUA